AUGGAGCCACAGAAUCUCACAGCUGGCUUUGAACUCCUCCUCUUGGGCUUCUCUGAUGAUCCGGAACUUCAGCCGCUCCUUUUUGGCCUGUUUCUGACCAUGUACCUGGUCACUGUACUUGGGAAUACAGUCCUUAUCUUGACUGUUGGCUCUGACUCCCACCUCCACACCCCCAUGUACUUCUUCCUCUCCAACCUGUCUUUGGCUGACAUUGGUUUUACCUCCUCCACAGUUCCUAAGAUGCUAGUGAAUAUCCAGACACAGAGCAAAUCCAUCACUUACACAGGCUGCUUGAUACAGGUGUUCUUUUAUUCCAUUUUUGGAUGUCUGGACAGUCUUUUCCUGACUGUGAUGGCUUAUGAUAGGUUUGUGGCCAUCUGUCACCCCCUACACUACACAGUCAUCAUGAAUCCCCGCCUAUGUGGCUUGCUGGUUUUGCUGUUGUUUUUUCUCAGCCUUUUGCACUCUCAGCUGCACAUUUUAAUGAUGUCUCAACUCACCUUCUGCUAUCGUGUGGAAAUCCCUCAGUUCUUCUGUGACCCUCCUCAACUCCUCAAGCUUGCCUGUUCUGACACCUUCAGCAGUGGCAUAUUACUGAAUUGUAUUGGUGCCAUCUUUGCUGGAAUUCCAGUUUUAGGGAUUCUCUUUACCUACAUCAGAAUUGUUUCCACCAUUCUGAAAAUCCCAUCAACAGGUGGGAAGUAUAAAGCAUUUUCCACCUGUGGUUCUCACCUGUCAGUUGUUUGCUUAUUUUAUGGAACAGUUAUUGGAGUGUAUCUCAGUUCAGCUGUCAUAUCUUCCUCCAGGAAACUUGCGGUGGCCACAGUGAUGUACACUGUGGUCACCCCCAUGCUGAACCCAUUCAUCUACAGCCUGAGAAACAAGGACAUCAAGACAGCCCUAAGGAAGCUCCUCAGGAGGACAAACUGA